AACCCCCCUUUAAGCUUACUAAAACCUUAGAGCAAAAAAACAAGAAAGGAAAAAAGUACAAAAAAAAAAUGGCUCCAGCCAAGAAAGGAAAAGCGAAGGCAAACUCGGCCGUGUCAACUCAGUCAAAACCCACAGCCCCAAGUCCCCAAAACAAUUUCCCAUCUUGCAUACGUGCAGUCCCUCCUUCCUCCGUCGCCAUCACCAUCCACGCCAAACCCGGUUCCAAAUCCGCCUCCAUCACUGAUUUGAGUGAUGAAGCGGUGGGAGUGCAAAUAGAUGCACCUGCUAAAGAUGGUGAAGCUAAUGCUGCACUUCUUGAUUACAUUAGCUCUGUGCUGGGGGUGAAGCGGAGGCAGGUAUCCAUAGGCUCUGGUUCUAAAUCGAGAGACAAGGUGGUGAUUGUGGAGGAGGUAACUCUACAAAAUGUUUUUGAUGCUUUGGAGAAAGUGUCCAAAUGCUGCUGAUUAAAAAAAAGAAAAGAGGAGAAAGAGAAGUCUCGGCUCAUACUUGGCCAGGAAAACAUUUAUCUUAUUCACUACUGUAUAAGCAUUUUGUCAUGCACCAACUGAUCUGUUGGUUGUUCUAUUCCUCUGGAUUAUAGGAGGGAGAGGGGGAGGCUAUGUUUCGCUGUGUAGGAAGAUCUGAUGGAGAUAGUGAAACAAAGGAAGAAAUUUUUCUUUUUAACAAAAACAUAUUCAGUGGAGUAAUCUUAUUGAUUAAGAAUCAUCUAUCAGAAGUGGAGUAUCCUCAAUACAAGUUUUUGCAACUCUGAAGAACAUUUUGCCAGUA